UCUCUCUCUCUGUGAACGAAAACACUUUCGGGAAGAAUAAAGUUUUUUUUUCUCUCCCCUCAAACGGACCUGCGCUCAGCCAGUCUUUUACGCAGAGCCAAACCGUGGCCUAGCUGGAAGAACGGCUCGACUAUGUGGAGACAGAAACGGGCACUUGGGGAGUCCUUGGCUUGUCUCGUGUUUCUUGUGACGCUCGCCGGUGCUUAUCGCUUUCUCAAUCAGAGCACAGCCUCACAGUUCCUGAGCAGACACCGGAGAGCCAACUCUCUGUUCGAGGAGAGCAAGAAGGGUGACCUGGAAAGGGAGUGCAUCGAGGAGCUGUGCAACAAGGAGGAGGCCAGGGAGAUCUUUGAGAACCAUCCAGAGACGGAAUAUUUCUACCCCAAAUAUGUUGCGUGUCUUGGUUCACACAGAGUCGGCAUCACCAACCAGAACUCAGAGGGGAUCCCAUCGGACCUGCGCACCUGUGUGAAGGAGAUCAGUAACCAGUGCACACCGUUUCCAUGCUACAAGGAGGGUACGGAGCGCUGCGUGGACGGCCAGGCCUCCUUCAAGUGUGUGUGUAAAACCGGCUGGAAGGGGCCGCGCUGUGAGGACGACAUCGACGAGUGUUCAGAUCCUGAAUAUCCAGCAGGAUGUAACCACAAGUGUUCCAACCUCCCCGGUAGCUUCCAUUGUAUGUGUGAAGAGGGCUACGUCAUCAAUAACAAAAUCAACUGCUUUGAUAUCAAUGAGUGCCUGUUGUACCCCAGCAUCUGUGGAGAACCGGCUAGAUGUGUCAACACGCCGGGCAUGUAUGAGUGCCAGUGUCCCUUGGGUUUCAAAUACAACUUCACUUCCAAGUCCUGCAAUGACGUAGAUGAGUGCCAGUUUAACGUGUGUGACGGGAUUUGCAUAAACACGGUGGGCAGCUACACGUGUCACUGUGAUGGUCGAGAGGGUCUACAUUUGGCGGGAGACCAGAAAUACUGUCAAAGGAUCCCGGUUUGUGUGGAUCUGUAUGACUACAAACACCCUGAGAUGCUUUACCUGGGGGAGCAGUUUGUAGGCCUUCCUGUCAUCUAUCUGCGCUUCCGUCUGCCGGAGAACACAAAGUUUGCAGCAGAGUUUGACUUCCGUACAUUUGACCCAGAGGGCGUUGUGCUGUACGCAGAGUCCUCCCAGGACUCGUGGUUCAUGUUGGGGCUAAGAGGUGGUCGCAUUGAAGUCCAGUUCAAAAACCAGCACACGUUCAAGGUCACCACCGGAGGAAAAGCCAUCAAUGACGGACAGUGGCAUGUGAUCUCUGUGGAUGAACUGGAGAGCAGCAUCAGUGUGAAGAUCAGCAAAGAAGCUGUGAUGAGCAUCAACAGUCCAGAGAGUCUCUUUACUUCAGUUAAUGGCAUACAGGAGACCAAGGUCUACAUCGCUGGUCUGCCCAACCGCACUGACAACGUCAUCAAACCUAUCAACCCCCGACUUGACGGCUGUAUACGUGGGUGGAACUUGAUGAACCAGGGGGCGUCUGGGGUAAAGGAGGUCAUCCAGGAGAAGAAGAGCAAACAUUGCUUUGUGUAUGUGGAACGAGGAUCUUUUUUCACCGGGUUAGGACUGGCACACUUCAACAUUGACUACAGUGACUCUGGCAGCUGGAAUGUGGAUAUAAAGAUGAGCAUACUGCCGUCCAGCAGCACAGGGGUCCUCUUUGCUCUUGUCUACAACAACACAGUACCCCUGUCGGUCGCUGUGGUAACGCAGGGAGAACAAGAAGCUAACCUGCAAGUGUUCUUGGAAGGCGUCUCCGUGGCUACACUGGAAUCGCUCAUGUUGUGUUACCCGGACCGGCUGACAGUACAGCUGAAUGUGACUGCUACAGGAAUCCAGAUCUCAGCCAACUCCUCCAGUGUUACCUACAUGAACUCUGAAGCCCUGCGGGAGGCCCUGGAGCGCCUUAACACCACCAUGCAGAACCCUGUCAGUACAUACAUUGGUGGGAUACCAGGCGAUAUCCCGUUACCGGCCACCCCCGUGACGGCCUAUUACCACGGCUGCAUGGAGGUCACCAUCGCCGGCCAUCAGCUGGACUUUGACGAGGCUCUGAGCAAACACAACAGUAUUAAGUCCCAUUCCUGUCCUCCUGCUUCUGCUCCCGAGAGUCACCCCAAAGCACAUCCUCCGCACAGAAAGUGACCUUAAUUAACAACGGGAUCACUUAAAAAAAUUAGUCAGCAUCCCACAGGGGCCAUUUUUUGGGAUAUUUUGGUGAGAGUAUAAAAAGGAGAUGGAGGAAAGGAUGACAAAGAAGUGACAAGACGAGAUAGAAGUAGAUGGUUAUAGUCAUUUUUGUCGACUUUCUCUGAAGGGUUUAUUUUAAGCUUUGUCUUACAUGUUUCUUCCAUACAGUAUUAUUGUUCCUAUUCGGGGAACAUCCUGUUUUUAAUUUGUUAUUUGUUUUUUGUUUUUAACGAGGCACAACGAAAGCUGGUUGCCAGUGAGUUAAUCGAAAAAGCUGGAUGGCUGGAUGACGUGGUUGUAGCAGUUUGUUGCAAUGAAUUAAAUGCUUUCCAAGAAACGCUUGAAAGGAGCUGAGCUCUGUAGCAUGCAUACCAUGUUUGGAACAAGAGAUGGUUAUGAAUGUGUAGAAGAAUAAACAAAUGGUCAGUGCUGACCAGGCUCUGAGACCAC